GUGGUGGUGGGGUCCCUCAUUCUCCCACAAAAGAAGAAAGAAAGCAAAGCACAAAACCAAAAUACAAACUCUCUCUCUCAGACAUACACACACAACAACUGCAUCUCUCUCUUUCAAUAAUAUUAAUAACUCCUUUCCCUCUGAAGAUCUCAACUUCUACGUAACACAACCAUGGAUGUGGGUCAGAUGCAGAGACAGUGCCUUGACUACACCAAAUCCCUCUUCAUGGAGGGCUUCCUGGAUGGUCAGUUUCUGCAACUUCAGCAGCUGCAAGAUGAGAACAACCCUGACUUUGUGGUUGAAGUAGUGUCUCUCUUCUUUGAAGAUUCUGAAAGGCUUCUCAAAGAUCUCACCUUUGCUCUUGAUCAGAAAGGUGUUGACUUCAAAAAAGUUGAUGCUCAUGUUCACCAGUUAAAGGGUAGCAGUUCAAGCAUAGGCGCUCAAAGGGUAAAAGAUGCCUGCAUUGCAUUCCGCAACUUCUGUGAGGAGCAGAACACAGAUGCGUGCCACAGAUGUCUGCAACAAGUGAAGCAAGAGUACUGCCUUGUUAAGAACAAGCUUGAAACACUGUUCAGGCUUGAGCAGCAGAUUGUAGCAGCUGGUGGGUCAAUCCCUCCUAUGAUGGAACUGAGUUUCUAGGUGGGUUAAUGGGCGGGCUUGUAGAGGUGCUUGUAUUAUGAUCCUCUUCUCCGUUAGAGAGUAUCUAUCUUGUGUCCAUUGUGAGAAUGUAUGGGUUUUUAUGAAGAGAAAAAGCUUUCAUCAAUGUACUUUUUUCUUCACCAAAAAGCACUCCAUCAUAGUUUGUAAUCUCUUGCAUGGUUUAAUGAAGGAUGUUAGCACCACUAA